AGGCCCAUCUUCACACCCAUCCCAUUGUAACAUACUCCAAUUCCGUCAUUCUCCUGCAUAUAUAUUGUGGAGAAUUGGGACUUCAGCCGCAUCCCAAAAAGCAGAGCAAAACCUUCUUCGUCUCCACAAAACUUGCAGAGGACAACUGGUCGGUCCAGGUUGAUUAGGGGUGACACUCAGCAUGGGGGAGAAGGUCGAAAACUAUUUGUACUUGCAAUUUAAGGAACAUCUUAGAAGGGUGAAUCUUAACAAGCUCGAGGAGCAAAAGGAAUCUCCUGAGUUUGAACUAGUGGCAGAUUUUCUGGAGGAGAAACUCCCCUAUGGAAUGUGUGUUUUUUUGCAAGAUUCGAAUAAAUUGUACAUGGUUGGAGGAGAAAGGAUUCGGAAGAAUGAAAGAGCUGGAAGGUAUUGGUGGGAAGGAUUUCCCGUUGCUGCAAACGAAUUUGACCCCUCUGGCCUCAGUUGUGAUGUUUUUGUGUUAGAUUCCUCCAACGGAAAAAUCUCUGCUGCUCCUGGUUUUCCAAAACCAAAAGGACCAAAGAUCAAUGCCAAACCUUUGGCCACCAUCGGUGACAAGGUAUACGUAAUGAGUUUUCGGCCAUAUUACUAUCGAGGUACGCUUCCAUCUCCGGCCUUUGAGUGCUAUGAUUCUGCAAAACAGUCAUGGGAGGAGCUGCCUGUGCCUCCAAAUUACUAUCAUUUGCGUUCUGCUUCUCCUACUCAUGGGUUUCAUUUUGUGCUGGGCCCAAAGAUUUAUUUGUGCACUCGUCAUGGGUUCUUUUGUUACAACGUGGAUCAGUCCCCACCUAAAUGGGAAUUCAUAGUAGAUGCAGAGUGGCAGUUUGAUCGGGACACCUCAUAUGAAUCAGAAGUGGAAAUGGUAGACCACAAGAUUGAGGACCCCUCACUGCCUCUGAUACCGGCUUGGCCCUACCAUUCUAUAUGUUUUGCAGAACCGGGAAAAGGGGGCCUCGCCGUUGGCUAUACUGCUCAAGGAUUAGUGGGUUACUUCUUGGCAUCUAAUGGUGACCUACUGUAUCAAGAGCCACUUAAUCAGUUGAACAGCAACUCUAAGCUUCCCUCCCCCGAUAACUAUUUCUUUGGUGGAAAAGUUUGCUAUGUAGGUGAAAACAAAUUCUGUCUCAUUCUAUCCGGAGAAAUUGAUCAAACUUCAUGGUCGUUGGCUGUAGCAACUUUUGAUGUGAAAUGGAAAGCGGAUGUUCAAAAUGAUGGUGAUGGAGGAGGGAAACACUUCUACCAUGAUCUUCCUCUGAGUUAUCAUCAGUUUGACAAUAUUAAUUCGUCUUUUUCUAAUGCUUGCGAAUAUGAGAACAACGAGUCUCCGAGGCUUUAUGAUUACUUCAAUUUCCAGGAUGCCUUCGUCAUAUCCUCCGAGCCUAAGAGCCAGCGUCACCACAACCACAAGCGCAAGCGGAGUAUGAUGGGUGUAGGUUUUCAGUUGGUGUGAAUUGUCUAUGGUUGGGAGGGGUUAGAUAAGGCGUGCACAGUCGACCGCUUUUGUUAAUGUUGGAUUUUGUGCUUUGUUUAUCCCUGGGUUUGGUCCUCCAGUUCCAAUGAGGCUUAUAUUGUGGGCUGAUAUAAGGCAUGCACAGUUGACUGCUUUUGUUACGGAAGAUGGAAAGUCUUUAAGAUUACCAUUUCUGGUUGCCCAAGGUGUUAUUAGGGUAUUUUGGUUGUAAUAUAUUUCUGAUAGAUAUUAGUGUGAUUUAUUGAUUGUUUCCAAUUACUAUCCUUUGAUUAUGCCUGCCAGUUGAAUAUUGCUAUAAGAACUUUUUUAAUUGGACAUAGUUGUAGCUUUAAUAUGAAAUGUCAAGUUCAUCAAUUGACAGGAAAAAGAAAAAAAAAAAACAUUUUUUCUCUUUUUUCUUUACCUAUUUGUCUUCCUGAUAUAGAUUAAUUGUUUU